AUCAAGUGCAUCAGAACUGAACAGAUACUCUCCUCGCAAAAAGAAACUGCUAAUUAUUCUGAAAAGGAAUCAGCGUCAACCAGUCCUACCUCGGAUCAAAUGCGACCUGGUAAACGAAGACGGAGAUCGGACAAAGAUAAUAUUCCACCAGGAAUUAGGAAGCUACCUUCACCUCCAACAACACUUGAACAGGCCCAGAUGGAGUGGGACUUAGUGGAAACUGUUCAGCCAGGUACAGUACUCUGUUUGGGAAAUGUAACUUAAACCAAUGGGCCAGUAAUUUUUCAGACAGUGUUUAGCACAGAGUGGAAUAGUGAAAAUACAUGGACUGCAACACCUCCUUACUCCUGGGUUAUGAGAGGGUAGUGUCAGACUGAUAAGGUUUUUUUUUUUGAGUCAUUGCUCCUGGUCUUCUUUUAAUUGUUCAUAAAACUGAGAUUAAAUAUUUUUAUGGUUAAACUGAAGUUGGUUCAUAAUGCAGUUUCAUGUAAUGUCAUCUAAACUGUAUUGUUAUAUUCAGCCUUGAGUGUCUGUCCACAAGUCUCACAUUGAUCUGCUGUCAGAUCAAUGUUUCUGCUGAAAAACAGGGUUUUCCAUACAUUUAAUUAUGACAUUAAAGGGUUUUAAACUCAGACAGGAGACACUUACCGGUAUGUGUUCUUGUGGUGUGCAUGUACAUACAGGUGUCAACCCAAGUUUCCAAAAUCAACUCCUUGAUCAUUAAUAUGAAUGAUACUAUCCUCCCUGCUUGUCUCCUCAGUUCAUAAAAUUUGGGCUAGCUUAUGUUUUGAUAAGGUUUUCUAAAACUGACAGCAAUUAUUGAAAUUAUAAAUUGUUCAUUGUAAAGGUCUGAACCUUGUCUCAAAAUUAUUCAUUGUGUAAAAUACAUGUGAACUUGUCUCCUCUUCAGUGUCUGUUUUGUUGAUUUAAAAGAUCUAGAAGGUUUACCGAUUAGAGCAUCUUUUCCCACCAGGUUUUUGUUCAAUAAAAUGCUCUUAAUUGAUUUCUUAAAAGGAAGUGGUCAAGCUGGUAGCCGUUCACCUCUUAUCACGUUCCAGGAUGCUAUACGUCACUUUCAAACAGCUAGUUACCUUGAACAGCAUAUGUCACACAUCAAACCAACUGUCAAGCAUCGUGGAAUGGCAGCUGUGACCCAUAAACUAUUUGGUCCACCACAAAUGAACAGCAGCCUUCACUUGGAACGGAAUCUCAUCUUUGCUCUUGCUUUGUGUAUGUUCAAAAAUGACGAAACCAUGCAUAAUCAAGUGCUACAGACUAUUUAUAAAAAAUUAACAGGCACCAAGCUUGACUGUCCUCGCUAUGGAAACCACUGGGAGCUGAUUGGUUUUCAAGGUGUGAUUAUAUUUCUAUGGAUACAUGUAAAUGAAUUAACCCUCCACACCCUGACCUCAGUUUGUAAAUUCUCUGUACUAAAGGUGAGAAGCCUCUAAUUUCUUCUUACAAUAUCACUCCUGAUUCAAACAAGAGAAGUCUUGAUCGUCAAACAAAUUCUCCUUGUCAGUGCCUUAGGAAAUGUAUAGAAGACUGCAAGGAGAAUAUGCUUACUGAUGUUAGGGUGUGAAGGGUUAUAGAAAAAUGUGGGAUAAAUUCUUCAAUCACUCCUUGUAAAUUAGAUGUACUGUUUUUUGAACUAUUUUACAAACUAUAGAAUUAUCACAGUAACAUUUUACUACACAAUUAUAUUUUAUAGGUCUUGAUCCUGCAACAGAUCUAAGAGGUUGUGGUUUUCUGGGCCUGUUGACAACACUGUACUUAGUAACUGACCAGCGGACCCAUGCUCUGGCUUUGGAUAUCUACAAACUCUCCCAACAUGAAACACAGAACUUCCCAUUUUCUAUCAUGUCUAUAAACAUUACCAGGAUUGCUCUUCAAACUCUAAGAGAGGAGAAGCUGAAUAAGUAUGUGCCUCCCGCUUCCGGUCAAGCGUUUUUAUAUGCUGUAAAUUGCGUUAUCUACGUUGAGUUACAUGCGUUACUAGGUUUUGGCUGACUGCAAUGUUAUGGGCCACGUGCACUGGGAGAUUUUAGUUUUGUGUGAGUUUGUGUGUUGAAAAAUUGCGUUUCGGUUAGGACACCUGUAAUUUGGAAAUCAGCCAGUGGUUUUAGUUCGUCAACUCGACAGAGUAAGUUCAAAUGCUUUUAUCUUGAAAAUAUUCAUAUUAUAUCGGGGGAAAAGAAGGGCAUCCUUUUUACGUUUUAUCAUUUGUAAGAGACCAACGCCAUUAUUGUGCCACUUUUGAAUGAUUCCAGCUUUUCUUUUACAGGCCAUGCAACCGCCGCCGUCAGGUUCUGAACGUUUUUGUUGAAUUCUACGCCGCUAUUUUCGUCCACGUCUACCAGGUCUGGAAACAUCAACAUAAGACUAUCAGUGACUCAGGGUUUGUGCUUAGGGAAGCAGAGAAACUCGCCAAAAAGCGACCGCGUGACCUGCAUAGAAACCUGGAACGAGCAUUAGCCGAUCGUCAGGGUUUGAUCAAAGUCGACGAAGACAACUUUUCUCCGAAGGCGAAACAGCCCGACAUACUUGAUAAGUUCGCUGGAGUUUGCGAUCUACAAGUAGAUGAAGAGGAGGAAGUUCAUCUGGUGUAGUGUUUGAGAAUUAAGAACAAAAUUAUGUGAUCAUAGUAUUAGUAAAUAACGAGAGCAGCCAAUGAGAAAACGCGAAUGGCUGAGACGCGAUUGGUCGAGGGAAUGGUGUGAGUCCUCUCAACCAAUCACAGUGCGCAGUGAAACAUAGCAAAUAGAAAUCGUGGAUUUCUUUCGACAUUCAAGUGUCCACUGCUCAAGGAGCUUUUAUCGACAAAGUAUUCGAAUUCAGAAUUCUCAUCUGGUCAUGGGACUCCUGACGAGCAGCGUUUGCCCUCUACUGAACGCUCAAGUUCCUAAAGAGAAUUAUAAUAUUUAUAUAAACCAGGUAGUGCUAGCUGUACAGCUGCAAUAUGUAUAGAAAUCGAGUACUAUUAAAGUCACCCCACACAAG